AGAUUACAUAUAACACACGCCCCAAUUGUGCUCAGGUGAGUUGCAGGUGAUCCUGGAAACAGGCCACAUCGGAUAUUAAGCUGUAUAGCAAAGAAUUCUUCAAAAAUGGCACACGUGUGGGACGACCUCGAUGGUAUGUUAAGAGCUCCCUUGCCAGGGGUCGGGGACAGAGGCACCAUCAAACCCGUAGCUAACUUCAAUGUUAAUGAAGAUGUUGCCGCUCUGCAAAAAGCAAUUAAGGGUUUUGGAACAAAUGAGAAGACUCUGAUUGAUAUUCUGACCCACAGAAGUAGCAGUCAAAAACAGGCCAUUGCUAGAGCAUAUCAAGAAACUACAAAAAAGGUGCUUGUUAAUGACCUGAAGGGUGAUACCCAUGGUAAGUUUGAAGAUGUGAUUGUUAGGCUCGCAUACCAGCCUGCAGUCAAUGAUGCUAAGGAUAUAAUUAAGGCAACAAAAGGGGCUGGAACCGACAACAGCAUCCUGAUAGAAAUUUUAGCCUCAAGGACAAAUAAACAAAUCAGAGAUUUGUCUGCAGCUUAUGCUGAGGAAAUGAAGAAAACGUUGGUACAGAUGCUAAAUCAUGAAGUUUCAGGGAAAUUUGGCAAAGCCAUUAUUUUGCUUGCUGAGCCUGCCAGAGAUGAGAGCACCAGUGUGAAUGCAGGCCAGGCUAAAGAGGAUGCACAGGCACUCUAUAAUGCAGGAGAGAAGAGGUUGGGAACUGAUGAGUCCAAGUUUAUCGAGAUCCUCUGUAAAAGGAGCAUCCCUCAACUGAGACAAACAUUAGUGGAAUACAAAAACAUCAGUGGGAAGACUUUGCAAAAGAGCAUUGAGAAGGAAAUGUCUGGAAACCUGGAAGAGUUGCUGGUUACCAUUGUGAAAUGUGUUAUGAACACUCCAGCAUACUUUGCUGAAAAACUCCAUAAAAGCAUGAAGGGAAUAGGCACAGAUGAAGACACUCUGACCAGGAUAAUGGUCAGUCGUGCAGAAGUUGACAUGAUGGACAUCAAAGCUGAAUACAAAAAGCUCUAUCAGCGUCCACUCGGCAAGGCAAUAAGUUCGGAUGUGUCUGGAAACUAUGAAGACUGCUUAAUGAUGAUUUGUGGAGGAGACUAGUACAGGAAACUACCUGCUGCUUAUAUCCUAAACAGGUCUGUCAAAGAUCUGUGGUCUGUCACGAUGUAGUCAUGUUGCUUUAUUAUUUGUAUGCUGUUAACUCCUUAAUUACUUUUAAUAUUUUCUUUCAUAUAUUUUUAUAAUAGUAGUAGCUUUUUUGGGGAAAUGUUUACUUGAUGAUUAAAUGGGUGAUGGUAAAACCCAAGAAGGUACAGAAUAUGAAGGGUAAUUCAUAUUGAUUUGUGAGUAAUUUCUAAAUCAUAACCAACAUAAAUCUGUGUUGGUAAAUGGACCGGGAACGACUGGACAGUAAUAGAAAUGACUUUAACAGUUACUAAGCUACAUUAGAAAAAUUAUUUAGACUUUAGACUGUAUUUUGCAAAAUGCAAAAAUAUUUAAUACAAAAGAAAGUACAGUUUUGACAUAUUAUAUUUUGAGAGGAACUGUGUCCUUACAUUAUGUGUAGGCUACUGUAUCAACAGUGUUAUUGGGCUUUGUUUAAAAUAAUAUAGCCAAAUUAUUUAAACCACUUUUUCUUAUUGGUCUAAACGUCAUUUUGUUAUUCUUUCCAUGUCUGUUUCUGCCUCUGUCAUUGGCCAAUAUGUUUUCUUUUAACUGCACUGAUAAAAUGUCAUGAAUAAAAAAAGUAUUGUGUGAAA